AUGCGCUUAUUUCGCGAAGUUCCAUUCUUUCCACAGGGUCUAUCGAGUACGCUUCUCUUCUCGCCUCUCCCCUCCCCUCUAACCUUUGCCAGGCUCAUGCUUGAGGAUCCCGAAUACGCCGAGGAGUCGUGUCCAGCCCCAAUCGUGCAGUGCUUGCAGGUCAAGCCUCUCUUUGCCAGCUCCAAUGGCGUCACGCGGUGGAGGGCGGUCUUCAGCGACGGCAAAUAUUGGAUCCAGGCCAUGCUUAGUCGAUCUGUUGGGCCCCUCGCUGAUGAUGGAGAGCUUGUCAAAGGUUGUAUCUGCCGCCUCAAGGGAUGUAUGCCAGUGAAAGUCAAAGAGACAAACGUUCUCGUCAUAACCUCGAUGGAAGUGAUUCGAUCAUUUGGGAUCCUCGACAAGAUUGGGCCCCCAUCCCAACUGGUUACCGCGGCCGAACCCAGUAGCCAAGUGAUCCAGUUUGGCGCCACGAAAGAAUACUUCUUCUCGUCCGCGCGAUUGCUAUCCUUUCCGCUAGAAAUAUUCAAUAUAAUUGUGGCCUACCUCAACCAGCGCGACAAGCUUGCCCUUUCACUAGCUUCGAAGGAACUUUAUGCUCUUGUACGGCCGUCUCUUUACUCUGUGGUUGAGCUGAAAAGCCGGGGGUCUCUAGUCCACUUUGCCGACGCUGCGGCACGCGAGCUGGGUCUUCGCAACUCCGUCAGGACAUGUAUAUUAGAGGGGGAUGUUUGCUGUAUUGGUGCAGAAGCCUGCAACUUCCACAUCGACACGAUUACAUCCUUACCUCUACUACGCAGCCUUGCUUUCCAUCCAUGUGAUGAAGUAGUCAGUGCAUGUUCCCUGGUAUUUAUGCUUCCAAGGCUGGUCUCGGACAGAACACUCCAGUCUUUGAAAUCCUUUUACAUUGACCUUGACUGCAGAUAUGCAUCUGACCUACCAAACAACCUUCAGGAACAAAUGCUGCAGGCAAUGUUUUCCGCGCCAGUGAUGAAACAUCUUCAGGUGUCUUACUGUCAUCGUUACCAUGACGACUUUCCGAACAGGAGGAUGCGCGAGAUCUCGAAUCUCCUACUAAACCAGACUCGGACCAAGUACACUGCCCUCCGGACUUUGGGUUUUCAAUGGGACGGUCUUCCCCUGCGCUUGCUUUACGCCAUCCUUCAGUUCCCUCGCAGACUUGAGGCGUUCGCGCUUCGUAUCUCGGGCAGGUAUGACCAUGCAUUGUCAGCCCCUGCAAUGACAAUGGACUCCGCACUUUCACCCAUUGCCGCCUCUGUCCGGGAACUUGAAUUUGAUUUCGUCCACCGCGUCGCGGGCAAUUGCCCCGAAACUGUCGGCUUGUUGUUUGGUUCCAAGGGGUUGACUCCGUUCACGAAACUCCAACAUCUCAGCAUCUCAGGCAGCUUUCUCACAGAAAUACACGGCUUCGACGGUAAGAGGCCAUGGUUUCCACCAUCCCUCGUCAGUUUAUCCAUCACGACUACCGAACUAUGUCACUCUGACAAACCGGAAAUUGACCUGGAAUCCACCCGGGUACGACGUCUCGUCCGCCAAGAGCACUUUCUUAUCUUUGACCCAACUACUCUCCGCUCUCUCCAAAUCCUAUCGGGGAUGCUCGAAUCGGUCCCUAACCUCACCCAGUUUAUCAUGAAGCCGGGCAGCCACGGCUAUGGAACGUACCAGCGAUCGUUCCUCGUCCGAUAUCCCCCGACGCUCGUGGUAGAACAAUCCCUGCAGCCGCUGGUGGAUCGAGGCCUUCGCUUUGGUCUUCAGUUUACAGAGACUUCGACUCUCUGGCUAGAAGUCAUGCUCGUACCUAGACUUUGA